AUGCCUUCUAAUUACCGCAACUUCCGAAACAGUGUGCCAUGGCUAAUCCUUGUCCUGGAAGCUGUUUUUAUCGUCCUCUUUUACUUUUUGUUCCCAGGUGAUGUGGCCGUAUCAAGCGUCUCCUACUCAGCUUUUAAAGAUGUCAACCGCAUGCUGAUUUUUGGAUUUGGCUUUUUCCUGACGUUUCUGAAAAGAUAUGGGUUUAGCAGCACUGGAUUAAACCUCCUGAUCAGUCUACUUGGUGUCCAAUGCUCCGCGCUGAUAGAAGGUUUAUUAGCUUUCCUUCAGCAAAGGGAAAACGAAGGUCAUCUGGAAAGAAUAGCAAAGGCAGCUGUGAGUACAACUGCUGUGGUCAUCUCCACUGGAGCUGUUCUUGGGAAGGCUAAUCCUGUGCAAUUAAUUCUGAUGGCAGUUGUGGAGAUAAUAGUUUUCGAUCUGAGCAGAUGGAUCACCAAAACAUUCCUGCAGAUUCCAGACAAUAUCAGCAUGAUGCAUGUUCACCUGUUUGGAGCCUACUUUGGUCUGGCAGUCUCCUCACGUUUCUCUGAGCCGUCACCAAAGUCUGAGAAGAAUGCAAGUACCCCGAAGUCAGAUUUAUUGUCCAUGUUGGGUACUCUCUUUCUCUGGGUAUUCUGGCCAAGCUUCAAUUCUGUACAAGCUGGGAAUGACAAGAACAAAGCAAUCUGCAACACCUACUUUGCCCUUGCAGUGAGUGCUGUAAUGGCCUUCACAUUGUCUGUUCUGACCACAAAGGAUGGAAAAUUCAGAAUGACUGAUAUCCACAGUGCGGUGCUAGCUGGUGGGGUCACUGUUGGUCAUGCAGCAUGCAGUAUCAACUAUCCUUGGAUUGCAAUGAUUUUGGGUCUGCUUGCCAGUGUGAUAGCCAUAUUAGGAUCUUACUGUUCACAGAGAUGCUUGAAUCCUGCUCUCAAGAUUCAUGACACCUCUGGAAUUCAUUUCACUUUUGGCUUGCCUGGUGUGCUUGGAGCUCUUGCCCACAUUGUUCUCUUAAUAAUAAAAAACUGGACUGACUUCCCAAGAGUGGGUUAUUUGGUCCUGGUUCACUUGGGUGCCUUCUGCCUGACCAUCAGUGUUGCCUUGGUAAUAGGUUUUAUUACAGGUUUAAUCUUAAACCUCAAACUGUUUAAGACCGUCCCUGGAUCAAAGUACUUUGACGACCAGUUCUAUUGGGAGUUUCCCCAUUUGGCUGUUGGAUUUUGA